AUGGCCAACAACUUUGCAGAAAAUCGGAAGAAGAUUUUGCAAAGUGCGAUCGAAAACUUGAAGAAGGCGCAAGCUCGUCAAAAGGAGUAUUAUGACAAGAAGCGCUCAAACGUCGAGUUUCAUCAAGGAGAUCUCGUAUUUCUUGCAACACGGACUUUACCACUAAAGCAUGCUCAACAACAAGGAUCGCAAGAAAAGCCAAAACUAGUGCCAAGAUUUAUUGGACCAUUUGAGAUCAUCGAGGAAAUCAAUCCAAACGCCAUGAAGCUCAA